CAUAGAAGUUGGAGGACAGAAGCAGGUUUUUUGGGUUGAGGAAAAUGACGACAAAAGAGCGAAAGAUAAUGGUGGGUGUGGAUGCGAGCCAGGAGAGCAUGUUUGCACUGUUUUGGUGCAUCACCAACCUAAUUGCUGACACCCCAAACGUUAAACUAGUGCUGCUUUACGUCAAGCCACCCCCUCUUCUUCACUCCUUCAAUGUUGCAUGGAACAUGUUUCCCAGUUAUUUUGUUUCAGCUGUGGAAAAACACGGCAAGGAUUUGGCUAAUUCAGUAAUGGAAAGAGCUGGAAAUAUUUACAAGAACUUACACCACCAAUAUCAAAAUGGAGAGAGUAAUUGGGUGCGGAGAUGCAAAGUAUGUGAUAUGCAGUGCGGUUCAGAAACUUGAGGCUGAUACCUUGGUCUUGGGAUCUCAU